AUGAGCGAUCAAGCAGCAAUCCCACAGAAGGAAGAUGGCAAGGCCCCGGUGACGGGGGACUAUGACCUCUCGACACCAAUUGACCCCAACGCCCCGGGGUUGAGGCAGGGCCUUACAUCCUAUGGCGACGCUCACUUCUCGCUGUUUCUGCGCAAGGUGUUUAUCAAGGCUCUCGGGUACAGUGAAGAUGCGCUCUCGAGGCCCAUUAUUGGCAUCGUCAACACCUACUCAAGCUUCAACCCGUGCCAUGCAAACGUCCCACAGCUGAUCGAGGCCGUGAAACGCGGCGUCCAACUCAAUGGUGGGCUUGCGAUUGAUUUCCCAACUAUCAGUAUCCAUGAGAGCUUUGCGUCGCCUACAAGCAUGUAUCUGCGGAAUCUCAUGAGUAUGGAUACGGAGGAGAUGAUCAAGGCGCAGCCGUGUGAUGCUGUGGUCCUCAUCGGAGGCUGUGAUAAGACCACUCCUGCUCAAUUGAUGGGUGGCAUAUCGGCGAACAAGCCUAUCCUGCACCUGGUCACUGGCCCCAUGAUGCCGGGAAGCCACAAAGGUGUGAGAAUUGGAGCGUGCACAGAUUGCCGCAACAACUGGGCCGCCUACAGAGCUGGCAAAAUUGAUAUUGAGGACAUCUCGGCUAUCAAUGACGAGCUGGCACCGACGGGAGGCACCUGUGGUGUUAUGGGUACCGCAUCGACCAUGGCUUGUAUCCUUGUCGGUCUGGGAAUGAUGCCGUUUAAGGGUGCCACAGCUCCAGCGAAGCUCAAACCGCAAGAUUUGCUCACUCGCGAGUCUUUUCUGAAUGCGAUCACCGUCUUGCAGGCCAUUGGCGGGUCGACCAACGCUGUUGUACACAUGAUGGCCAUCAUAGGUCGUCACCCUGCUGUAGCUGGCACAAUCACGCUCGACACAUUUGAUGAAAUCGGAAGAAAGACACCGUUAUUAGUUGACCUGAAGCCCAGCGGACAGAACUACAUGGACGAUUUCCACAAUUCCGGCGGCAUGCUGGCGCUUUUGCACCAACUCAAGCCCCUUUUGCAUCUGAACGCCAUGACAGUAACAGGCAAGACGCUGGGAGAAGAGUUGGAGAGUACGCCGUUCACCCCUAUUCCCCGGGAUAGCUUGGUCAACUGUCUUCAGCCUUUCAACGAUCCUCUGUACCCAGCUUCGGCUUUGGCUGUGCUCCGUGGCAACAUUGCCCCAGGCGGGGCUGUUACGAAGCAGAGUGCGUCGAAAUAUCGCCGACUACUGAAGCAUUCUGGCCCAGCAGUCGUCUUCGCUGGCUCCGCAGAUAUGGCCCUUCGUAUCGAUGACCCCGAUCUCGAGGUCACGCCCGAUAGCGUGCUCGUACUCCAAAAUAUCGGGCCUGUCGGCAAUCCAGGUAUGCCAGAAGCGGGACUCAUCCCGAUCCCCCGAAAGCUCGCAUCUCAGGGAGUCGAGGACAUGCUCCGCCUGUCUGACGGCCGUAUGAGCGGUACGGCGGGCGGGACUAUCGUUCUGCAUAUUUCUCCCGAAGCGGCGGACCCCGAAUCGGUUCUUGGUAUCGUCAAAACUGGCGACAUCAUAACGUGCGACGUGGAACAACGUCUCAUCAAAGUCGAGAUAUCGGAUGAGGAGAUUAAGAAGAGAAUCGUCGAGAAAAAGGAAGCCUUGGCCAAGGAAGAGGAAAGUGGCGGCAGCAAUGCGCCUUGGGUGGCAAAGAAGAGAAUUCGCGGUUAUCGAGGACUAUAUCUGCGUUCCGUCAUGCAGGCAGAAGGAGGAGCCGAUUUUGACUUCCUUACGGCCAAUGGCCCACCCCAAUAG